UUUAAGCUGUCUCUCUUUCAACGUCGCAUCGAUAUAUUAAAAUGGCUUCCUCUUCGGCCCACCUGAACCACCACCACCAACUUCCAAACAUCAACGGUGGAGCCACGGCGGCUCCUCCACCAACUCCAUCGUGCGCACUUCCCAACACCACCACCAAGUCAGAGUCAACCGCCGACGCUCUCUCCCGCCUCUUCAACCGUCUCCCUCCUAACCUCUCACUCCCCAACCGCCGCUCCUCCGUCCUAUCCUCCACCGUUGCAUCUCUGCCGACAGUAACUUUCUCCACCGAGAGCCGCGGCGAUCUUAUCUCCGCCGCUACAGAGUUCGGCUACUUCCAACUCGUUGACUCGGAUACUAUCCUCCCUUCUGGACUCGCUGAAGCUGCCGAGUCCGAAGCUCUCUCGCUCAUAGAGCUAAGUGAGGAGGAGAAGGAAACAACGUUUCCAAAGAACUGGCCACUUGGCUACGAAGCCGACGCUGAAACGCCGUCGUUUUGCUUAGAUGCAGACUGUACAACCGAGUCGGGCGAGAAAGGCUUAAAGCUAAGUUCACUGGGCGAGUUCACUCGGUGUCUGGAGAAAGUUGGGCUGAAGACUGUAGAGAUGCUGGCGAGCGCGUUAGGGUUCAAGAACCCGGUUGGAGAUGAUUCGACCCGGUUUAGUACUAUGAUGUGGCUUAACCAAGAUGUUCCGGAUGAUAAACCGGCGAUAACCAACGGGUUUUAUCCGUUUGUUGUUUGUUUACAGUACCAGAUAAGGGAACAGAAGUAUUGUUUGCUGUCCGAGUCUGGCUGGGUGUCUGUAUCGCCUCGAGUUGAGUCGGUUCUUGUGACGUUGGGUGACAUUGCUCAGGUUUGGAGAAAUGGAGAGCUCAAAAGAGUGAGAUAUCGACCGGUGGGGUGCUCAGGAAAACUUGACGAUCCAAGAAAGUCUGUAACAAUGACAUUGAUGCUUACACUUCCCAUGGACUCUAUGGUUUCGCCACUGAGAGAUAUCAGUGACGGCGACAAAGAAGAAGAGUACGCAGAAGAGGAGGAAGGAGUAUCAAGAAGUGAUGAGAGAAAGGGAUUUAAGUCUUUUUGCUUUGAGGAUUACGCAUGGAGAGUAUACCAUGAGCGUCUCUUCUUCAAGGAUCCACUUGACAGAUACAGAAUCAAACCUUAGAAUUUUCUUAAGAAUUGUUGUUUAAUUUGUUUAUUUUGAAAUGGGACUAGGGACAAGUCUUCUUGUUACUUCUACUAUUCCACAAAAUCUGAGUGAUUUAAAAAGAAGAAGAAGAAUGAUAAUCAAACUUUUUGGUUACAACAAUGUCUCGAUGUCCAAAUUUAA